GAUGGCGAGACCUGUCUGCUGGACAUCCUGGACACGGCCGGGAGGCAAGAGUACAGCGACAUGCUGGAGCAGUUCUUGCACGAGGGCGAGGGCUUCCUGUGCGUCUUCGCCGUCAACAACUCCAAGUCCUUCGAGGACAUCCACCGGUACAGGGAACAGAUCCAGCGCGUCAAGGGCUCGGAGGACGUGCCGAUGGUGCUGGUGGGGAACAAGUGCGGCGUGCCCACGCGGACCGUGGACACGAAGCAGGCGCAGGAGCUGGCGCAAGGCUACGGCAUCCCCUUCGUGGAGACCUCCGCCAAGACCCGGCAGGGCGUGGAAGAUGCCUUCUGCACCCUGGUGCGCGAGAUCCGCAAGUACAAGGAGCGCCGCGUGAGCAAAGACGUGUGCAAGAAAAGAAAGAAAUCGAAGAGGAGGAAGUGCCGCCUCAUGUGAAUUUCAUUUCCCCUCCCACCCGCCCCAUUCCUCCUCCCUGCCUCUCCCCUCCCUCCUCCGACGGUGACGAGAGAACGACAACCACCAGCCACCAUGUCCGGUGAAGGAGACGCGGUGCGCAACGACUCCAAAGCCGCCCACUGCAAUCUUGGGAGGGAGGGGGGAGGUGCUGCGGAGGUGGUUGUUGUGUAUUUCUCGAACGCGAGCGAGCGAAUCGGUGAGCGCGGAGGUUUG